AUGAGAUCCUCAUCAUCGUCCUUUAUACCAAGUUUCCGCUUCAUUUCCUUUACCUCACAGCGCUGCAUGAACAGCUGCUUUUCAGCUGCGAACACUUCCUUUCGUCCAAGUUCACGUUGCUGGACCAUGGCUAUCAGCGUCCGGGCAUCUUCUAGCUCUUUUCUCAAGCGUCUGAGUUUCUCAGCACUUUGUGCAUCCCGGCCUCGCGUUUUCCGAGCUAGUCGGACUUCUCUACGACGGAAGCAUACAUAUGGAUCACCAUCGUCAGUGUCUUGCCCAGUCUCAAACUGCAAAAAGAUAUCAGCAUAUAUUCACGACAUGGUUAAGCGGGACGACUUACCUUUAAAGUUGGUUGCAAGGGCCGAUUCCCUGAAGCCGUCCGCCGCGAUUUCCAACUCUCAUAUAUUUCUCUUACAAAGGGCCUUAACUUAUCAUGUAUCAUGCCAUCGAAGCAUUCCUCCAUUUCCGGGUAUGAUACUACAGGUGGAUUAUCGACAGCAGCAAAUGGCUGUUUUGCCUGUGCUGUCUCUUCGAAAAAGCUCAUCACCUCCUCGAAUUGGUUCUCUGUGCAUUGUGUUGAGACGUCCCGCUUCUGGUUCAUUAUCUUCAACGCGACAUCAUCCUCCUCAACAAGAUUAUACCCGCACCCACUGCAGUCUUCUACGGUCGACGAGAAUCGGAUAUACGUCGCCGGCUGCGAAAAUACAGGCCUGUAGAGCGUGUCAUAUUGGACUGAGCUCUGGACAGUUUCGGGUGUUGGAAUAUGUGUCUGAGCUGCAUUUCCGAACGCUGUGGCAUUUAUUGCAGCUUGCAAAUGGAAUUCCUAAUCACACGACCUAG